AUGGACAGUGAGCGUGGCUUGCGAGCGAACUACUUUUGGAAGUCCAAAGCAUGGAAGACCUCAACAAUUCCAGAUGUGUCGAUGUUGCCGCGUUCAGAGAUGAUGAAGGUUGAGAAAUCAGGGAGGUCCUUUGUCAGUGACUCCAAGAUGACCCCAGUGCAGGAAAUGAAGCAGUACCUGGCUGGGAUGUCCGUGGUGGAGAAGUCUGUCAAUGCCCUGACCGAUCCAAGCGACAACUCCAAUGUCCUGAUUGACUUGUUGGGCUUUGAUGGACAGGCCAGUUCCUUUGCCCUGAAGGAGCUGUCAGCUGGGAAUGCAUGGGCAGCUGCGACCAUAUGUCAUAGCGACUGUGAGGCUGCCUUUGUCACUGAAGGGACAUCAAAUAGAGUCUUUUCUGCAGCUCGGGGAGGUCAGCUAAAGCUAGCUGGAUUCCCCAAUUUCAAGUCGGUGGUGAGCGAAUUGCAGAAGAAGCACAGCAAGAAGAUGGCCAGUCCAGAAUACUCAGUGUGCACGCCGCUGCAAGAUGGCACUUUGGUGGUGAAGCAGGCCCUGAUUGAUCUCUGGACUACAAAGCAUCCUCUCUUUGCUGGAGAAGAUCUCAUCAAGGCUCACAAUGCAAAGUACAACCCACGUGGAGUCAAAAGGGGGGGUGCCUCAGAUGAACAAGCUGCUGAGACAAACCAGCCGGCUGCGAAAAGGAUUUGCCUAGAGAAGACCAUGGCUUUGAGUGAUGAGAGCUCCAUCGCAGACAAGGCUACCCUUUCCUGCGGCAGCUUCCGGUUGGUGCUGGACAAGGAUGGCGACUCUGUAUGGAUUGCACCAGAAAAGAAAGGCGAGUCUGAUGUGACAGUAGCCGGGCCGGUUGAACUAUGUGGCUUUGGCAGUGGAGAUUUUGCUACUGGGCCUGAGUCUCAAAUGAAUUCAGAAAGAGUUAUAUUUUUCUGGUUUCCUUGUACCUAA